AUGCUUUACAACCUAUCAUCGGUCAGCAAGGCUGCAGUCGUGCCAGGUGACACAGUGAGUGACAUCGCUCUGCACGACAUGUACGAUAUAUUCGCAGCGACAUCGUGGGACGGCUCUAUCUAUUACUACGAUGCGAAUGACGCGCUGGGCCACAAAAGCACAACGAAGCUGGGCGGUCCGCUGUUAUCUGGCAGUUUCUGCGAUGGCAACAAAAUGGUGGCCGGUGCGGUGAGCGGAAUGCUAUAUGUGGUUGAUGUGGCCACCAACCAGAUCAGUGAGAUCAAAGCGCACGAUCUGGGCAUCAAAAAGACAAAGGUGUACAAUAACAUAGUGAUCACAGGCUCAUGGGACAAGAAGCUCAAGUUCUGGGACUUGCGCUCCAAUACUCCGCUUUUUACGCACGAGUUAGCGCACAAGGUGUACGCAAUGGAUAUAAAGAACGACAAUCUCGUGCUAGCGCUCUCCAACAAUACGGUGGUGACGUACAACAUCAACGACUUCCAGCGCCAAAGGAUACUCCGCACAAAACUUAAGUGGCAGCUCAGAUCCGUAUGCUGUUCAAAUGACCAGGUGCUUGUUGGCGGGAUAGAAGGUGCUAUUGAGGUGCUGAACAUGAGUGACACCUCCGAUCACUACUACAAAGGGCACAGGUCCGCCAACAUUCUGUAUGCGGUUAAUUGUAUAGAUGUGCAUCCACACAGCACCUCAUUGGUGGCGAGUGGCGGCAGCGACAGCUAUGUCCUGAUCUACAACAAGCAGCAGCGUAUCAAGACGUAUUUUGAGAAGACGAAUGCGCCCGUGACAGCCGGAAAGUUCAGCAGAAAUGGGCUGUUUUACAUCUAUGCAACGGGCGAGGACUGGUCCAAAGGAUAUCCUGUCACGCAAUGCGCCACCAAUGUCUGCACCUUAGACAUAAAAAAGGCAAAAAUUAUCGUGUAGUUGAAACAGCAGCGACGAAGAAAAGUGUUAAGGCUAGCAUGUGGUGUCUGAUAGGUAAUACGUAAUAAAUAUUUGUGGUGAUUCGCCUUAUGAAGAUCUUACCGCACGAAAUGGUUUACUUCGGAUUUAUUGUUUAGUUGAGCGAGACUCAGUCCUCCUACCGCUUGAGACCUAGCAUCUCAGACAUUAAUUAAAAGCACAAAUACUCUUGGAUCAAGC